AUGAGCAGCGCAAAGCCAAAGAGCGAGAUGAACGAGGACGAGCUCCGCAAGCUCGAGGAGGAAGAGUUCAACACAGGCCCACUCUCAGUGUUGCAGUUGUCCGUCAAGAACCAUACACAGAUUCUUAUCAGCUGCAGAAAUAACAGGAAGCUCCUUGCCAGAGUCAAGGCAUUCGACCGUCACUGUAACAUGGUUCUCGAGAACGUCAAGGAGAUGUGGACAGAAGUACCACGUGCGGCCAAGGGCAAGAAGGCAAAGCCUGUCAACAAGGAGCGUUUCAUCAGCAAGCUGUUCUUGCGUGGAGACUCUGUCAUUCUUGUUCUUCGCAACGAUGUUUAA